CGGGCUGCCGGAACUUGAUUCGAAUCUGCCGUCGCCAAAAGCCAGCCCGUCCCUGCGCCUCCAGCGGAACCGGAAGCGUCGCCAUUUUGUUUCGGGUGAUGGCGGCUGUGGUGCUCUGCGGCCGGGGGCUUUAGCGCGGGCCUGGCCGUGCGGGGACUCGCUGCUCGGACAGUCGGUGCUCCUGCGAGCCGCCUUCGCCUCGCUGCGCUCUCCGGUGAUGUACGGAGGGCUCGGAGGGUCUCGACGGACUGCAGAAGAAGCAGGCCCGCCGCCCCUAAUGUUGUUGUCAGGCGGGGGAACGGUGCCCGGCCCCCCCGGAGGAGGUGGAGGUGGAGGCGGGAGUAGCCGUGUGGAGCUGCUGGUGUUCGGCUAUGCCUGCAAGCUGUUUCGGGAUGAUGAGAAGGCUCAGUACCAGGAGCAGGGGCGACACCUUAUUCCUUGGAUGGGAGACCCCAAGAUCAUGAUCGAUAGGUAUGAUGGGCGUGGUCACCUGCAUGACCUUUCUGAAUAUGAUGCUGAGUAUUCCACCUGGAACAGAGAUUAUCAAUUGUCCGAAGAGGAGGCUAGAAUAGAAGCCCUCUGUGAUGAAGAGAGGUAUUUAGCCUUGCAUACGGACUUGCUUGAGGAGGAGGCAAGGCAAGAGGAGGAAUAUAAAAGACUCAGUGAAGCUUUGGCAGAGGAUGGUACCUAUAAUGCAGUGGGAUUCCGUUAUGGCAGUGAUUAUUAUGACCCUUCAGAACCCACUGAAGAGGAGGAGCAUCAGCCUGCAAGACAAAGAGAAAUGGCUCAGACAGAAAAUACAGAGGAAAAUGAGGAACCUUUUGUUGCCCCUCCAGGACUGAAUGUACCCUCUGAUGUGGAACUGCCACCAACGGCAAAAAUGCAUGCGAUCAUUGAGCGAACUGCAAACUUUGUGUGCAAGCAGGGAGCCCAGUUUGAGAUCAUGCUGAAAGCCAAGCAAGCACGCAACUCCCAGUUUGACUUUCUGCGGUUUGAUCACUACCUCAAUCCCUACUACAAAUUCAUCCAGAAGGCCAUGAAGGAAGGACGCUAUGCGGCUCCUUCGGAAAGUAAAGCUGACGAGAAAAAACACUCGAAAGUCAAAUCUGAGGAAGAUGAUGAUGAUGAUGAUGACGAUGAUGGAAAUUAUCUUCAUCCAAGUCUUUUUGCAUCUAAAAAAUGCAGUAGGCUUGAAGAGCUCAUGAAGCCUUUGAAGGUGGUAGACCCUGAUCACCCCCUUGCAGCACUGGUGCGCAAAGCACAAUCAGAUAAUAAUUCAUCUACUCCACAGUCAACAGACGGGGCAGCUGUGCAGACAUCACAGGCAGAAUAUUCCUCUGAUUCAACUGUGGCAGCCAUGUAUUACAGCUACUACAUGCUCCCGGAUGGCACCUAUUGCCUGGCGCCUCCGCCGCCGGGAAUUGAUGUUGCUGCCUACUACAGCGCCCUGCCCCCAGGGGUGACUGUGUCCAGCACUACCGGGGUAGCGACGGUUCCUCCCCCUCCCGGUACCACACCCCCGCCUCCCCCGGACACAACUGACAGCGCCACUGGGUUGGCUUCCACCACGACAUCUACAAGCACAAUUGCUCCAGUGGUUGCCAUUAUACCUCCACCUCCAGAUAUCCAGCCUGUUAUUGACAAGCUAGCUGAGUAUGUUGCUAGGAAUGGGGUAAAAUUUGAAACUAGUGUUCGUGCCAAGAAUGAUCUCAGGUUUGAAUUCCUGCAACCAUGGCACCAGUAUAAUGCAUAUUAUGAAUUUAAAAAACAGUUCUUCCUUCAAAAAGAGAGUGGUGACAAUUGCCAGGGAGUGUCUUCUUCUGAAGAUGUUCCAGCAGACACUGCCAAUGAUACACCGAGUGAGACUCAAUUUGCAGAUGAACAUGCACCUGAAGAUGCAUCUGAGCCAAGUGCUAAGGGAAUUCCAGGAGCUAAAAAGGAUAUUCCUUCUAAAGCUGUCAGUGAUGGUAAACUGGUGAAAGCAUCCUUUGCUCCAAUAAGCUUUGCAAUCAAGGCCAAAGAAAACGACCUUCUUCCUUUGGAGAAAAACCGUGUUAAAUUAGAUGAUGACAGUGAUGAGGAGGAAGAGGAGGGAAAGGAAGGCCAAGAGAGUGCUAACAGUGCAUCAAACCAUACUCCAGCAAUUACUGCUCCUUGUACUGCUCCUGAAGAGAAAAAGCCUCAACUUACACAGGAGGAGUUGGAAGCUAAACAAGCAAAGCAGAAACUAGAGGAUAGAUUAGCAGCUGCAGCAAGGGAGAAACUUGCACAGGCCUCCAAAGAAUCCAAGGAGAAGCAGCUACAAGCGGAACGCAAAAGGAAAGCUGCCUUGUUCUUGCAGACCCUGAAAAACCCUUUGGCAGAGGCAGAAACUGAGAAGAUAGAGGAGAACUCCUUCAGUAGUGAGAGCGUCAGUAGUAUACCAUGUCCUGUGACUGCAGUCAGAACUUUACCCACCUUAGAAGUUAAACAAGCAGAAAGGCCUUCAAGCAGAAGCAGAGAUCCUCCUAGGGAUGAAGAAAAGGAAAAGAAAAGGAAAAAACACAAGAAAAGAUCUCGGUCAAGAUCUCGAUCACCAUUCAAGUAUCAUUCAUCAUCUAAGUCCAGGUCUAGAUCACAUUCAAAAGCAAAACACUCACUUCCCACUGCCUAUAGGACUGUCAGGCAUUCAAGACUCACAGCAUCCACAGCGACACUGAGCAUGGAGCCGAGUCUGAGCAGCUCAUCAGUGGCAGCAGCAGCAGAGUGGAAAAAUUAUCAGGCAACUUGGGCAAUGAAAAGAUUUGACUGCUGGAGCUCUUUUGAGGGAGAUCCUGGUAAAAUGUCAAGGUCACGAUCAAGGUCACCCCGGAGAAGGGCUCACACACCAGAACGGCGGAGAGACGAGAGAAGCGUUCCCACAGCGUAUCGCAUCAGCAAUAGUCCUGGGAACAGCAGGAAACGGCCCCGCUCCAAAAGUCCCCAUGAAAAGAAGAAGAAAAGGCGGUCUAGAUCACGUACUAAAUCCAGAGCAAGGUCUCCCUCACCAUCCAUGUCACCAGGCAAACCAUCCACACACAAAAAUUCUGUACAUUCAACUAGUGUCUCUCCUGUGGAGAGCAGGGAAUCCAGCCAGGAACGCUCCAGGGGAGUUUCUCAGGAAAAAGAUGGUCAAAUCUCUUCAGCAAUUGUGUCAUCAGUGCAGAGUAAAAUCACUCAGGAUCUUAUGGCCAAAGUGAGAGCAAUGCUUGCAGCUUCCAAAAACAUCCAAACCAGUGCCUCCUGAGACCUGUUGGAGCUGACCAUCAAUAAAUUGUGAGAAAAGAACAAUUGAAAAAGAACUGCCUCAUCUCAAAUGUACAGCUGAGUUUGGCUCACUUGGUUCACAACUUGCCUAAUUUACCGGAACUCAAGAAGCUAAAACCUAUCUUUCUGUACAGAAGCAUCUCCUUGAAAUUUCAUUAAAUUUUUUCAGCCAGAAUAUCUUUGAAAAGUUUUUGGGUUUUGUAAAUUGAUUUUUUUGACUAAUUCUUCGAUAACAUUUUAUGAUCAGCAGUCUGUAUGUGUAUAUUUGUAAAUACUAUGUUUCUGUGAAAAGUAUUACACAAUAAUAAAGAAGGAAACAUCUUUCAUUA